GUAGUUUACCUAGCCCAUAAUUUAUAAUGAAAAUGGCGGAAGGCAACCUCGGUGGCAGCGAUUCAAGCAGCCCAGACAACCGGGACCAAGAUUUUGCUCCUACUCGCGAUAUGAUGAAGCAUGAAGGCUAUGAUGAUGAACGAACAUUAGAAGAAGAAGAAGCUAUGAGUGGUGGCAGUUGUUCUAAUGAGCUUGAUGAACUUCAAAAGACACCUGUCCAUUGCCAUGGGAAAGGACAAAAUGACCGGCAAAAUACAGCUUUUAAGGAGGGAGAAAUGCCUUUAGAGAACUUAUUGGCUAUGUAUGGUUGUAAUAACAACACACCCGAGACGUUGGAGUCCAGCUGCUUUCAGGACACACGAUCGAGUAGCGAAGAAGAGAUUCUCAGCAGCCAAGACCUCACCCUAGACAAAGAGGAGAUUGCACGUGACCUUCUCUCCAACAGUGAUGAAGAUGACAAAGAAACAAAUGUAAACGACCUUCUCGACAGUGUUUCAUCGUCACAAACUGCCCGUCUACUUCGAUCUAACAGUCAGACGGGCAGCGAAGAUGAUGACCCAGAUGAUUAUGAUUACCAACCAGAAAAUGAAGAAGAUUGGAAAAAGGUUAUUCAAGUUGGUCACGACUAUCAGGCUCAAGUACCUGAAGGACUUAGUUCGUAUGGUGAUGCACCAGGUUUAUUCACAGCAUAUGAAAAUGAGGACCGAUUAUUAUGGGACCCCAGCAAGUUAGAAGAUAGUGAAGUUUGCAGUUACCUUCAACAAUUCCAGGCUCAGAGUGUACAAAGUGCUGUCAAUAACGUUCCUACAGGAACACAUGUUCGAGACGAUGAACAGGCACUUUAUUUGUUGUUGCAAUGCGGACAUAACACAGAAGAGGCAUUGCGAAGAAGGAAGAUGCAAGCAGUAUCCCCCACAGAAAAUGAAUCAUCUUGUGAUAUGUUGUUGUCACCACUAGAAGACCUUGACUUAGACUCAACGCUGUCACCUGCCAGAAGCAUAGAUCCCAUGAGUCUUUGGUCAGAAGAGGAGUGUCGGAAUUUUGAAAAUGGUCUCCGUACAUAUGGGAAAGAUUUCCAUCUAAUACAGUUAAAUAAGGUGCGAACUCGGUCAGUUGGAGAACUUGUUCAGUUUUACUAUCUCUGGAAGAAAACGGAGCGGCAUGAUAUAUUCGCAAAUAAAAACAGAAUUGAGAAAAAGAAAUAUGCUCUACAUCCAGGAAUAACUCCAUUUUGGAAAAGGCAAUUUAAAAAAAGAAUAUUGGUCAGAGUGACGAUGGGGAGAGAAUAGAGACUAUGUAAAAUUCCGAGUACGUCAGGACACAAUACCUGCCCCGCUCCUCUCAGCAAUCUCCUGUACCUCAAAAGUUCUUCGCUCUAUUUCUGUUACCGGUGAAAGUAAUCAAGUGUAGCCGGUCACCGUCAGUACUCGAUCCUUUGUUAAAUCUCUGUGUGUGUGUGUGUGCACGCAGCUGCUGGAGUUGAAAGUAGAAGAAAAGUUGGCAACCCAAAGGUUUCUUGUAUUUCACUGUUCCACAUGUAAACGUUUCUUAUCAACAUAAGAAAUUGCAUAUUGUUCCAAAACUUGUGUAUCAUUCUGUGAGAGGGGGACCUCACCCCCUUUAAUACGUUGUCUCCCUGUCGAUGAAAAGUUUCAUUGUCAAUAAAAAGCAACACAACUUUCAAACAAUAGGCAAAAAAGAAAUGGUGAAAUUUCAAAAUGCUCUCCUCCCGCCUUCCCCCUCAGUUUUUCUAACUUUCCACCUGCUACUGUAUAAAUAACGACUGACAUACAUACAUGCACGCCCCGCCCCCUCCCCCUACACACAGAAAUGUAUGUAUAUUUAUUGGUACUACACCGAAACACAUCACAUUGAAAGAAGGUUGACGAGGAAAAUCUUAAAAAUUGGAAAAACAAAACAAAAAAAAAUUACAAAAAAAAACAAAAACAACAAAUGACAGACAUUUCUCCAAGCAUCUGUUUUUGCUGGGAACUAUUUAUGGAAAAGACAUCAUAAAUUAUACACAAUCUCUAUCUCUCUUUUUUUUUUUUUUUU